ACUGAUAAGGGUUUUGUUAACAUUCUGAUGACCAGCUUUUUGCAGUUCAUUUUCCACGAGAUGUUCUUCACUGAACCAGAUGACCAAUUAUCUGCACCUACGAAAGAGCAGCUCGACCAGGAAAAGCAGCUGCUACUUGCUUUCAAACCGGUGAUGCAAAAAUUCCUGCAUGAUCACGUGGACCUGCAAGUCAGUGCACUCUAUGCGCUACAAAUCCACUGCAACGCCCAUGCUUUUCCCAAAGGAAUGUUACUGCGCUACUUUGUCUACUUCUAUGAUAUGGAGAUAAUAGAAGAAGAGGCCUUCCUAGCGUGGAAAGAAGAUAUUACACAGGAGUUUCCAGGGAAAGGAAAAGCAUUGUUCCAGGUGAACCAGUGGCUCACCUGGCUGGAGACGGCAGAAGAGGAAGAGUCUGAGGAGGAACCUGACUAAAGAACCAGCCAAAGCCUUGACGUACUCACCUCUCCCGUUUCCUUUCACCAUCUCUCCUUUCACCUGUGUUAACAUCCGCACUCCACUCCGUGCUGCUGUUUUUUGCAGUGUCAAGCCAACGUAUUAUUCACGCUUCUCUUUGGCCUCAUUGUUUAAAGCAUGCAAUGACUAGCAUCUGUUCAGAACCACCACAGAUAAAUAGUAUUAGCAGCUUGAAACUGCAUCUUUUUUAUAUAUGUAUUUUUGCUUUUAAGAACUUGUAUUUGCAAAAGCCUUUUGUGCUGCUGUUAAUUUCAGCACAAAACUAUUGAAAUGCACUUUUGCUCCGUGUCAUAUUGAGUUGCUGCAAUUUUCACUUUUGUUUGUUACAAAGAAUCCUCCGUAAUCAUUGGUUACCAUAACGUUUAGCGGAUGCGUUGUUCAUACCUCACAGUAGUGGCUUUAGUGUGUGUGUGAUGGAGUCUAAUGGAAAAACUCUCCAGGUCUGUGAAACAGGAAAAAUUGUUUACUUUUUUCAGUUAUGAUUGUAAAAUUAUUAUUAUUAUUUUUUUUUCCUUCC